UAAAAUAUAGAAUUUAUCAAUUUUUUGUCAAUUUAUUUUCUAUAAUCAAAUAAUUUAUACGACUAUGUAUUCACCAUUAUCGCCUCAAGCUAGCCUUAGUUCAGAAUUAAGGCAAAUUAUAAAUGAAAGAAAUAUGUUGAGCAUGCGGAGCCGUAUGAAGGUUCUACAAGCUUUAAAUGAAGAUAAUGAAAAAUGUACAGAGGAAAAGGAAAAAAUUCUGAGAUCACAAGCCAUUCGAGAAAUACUCACUACAGAAGUUACGUAUUUACAACAAUUGGAAAUCUUAGCAGAAUUUUUUAUACAGCCUAUUCUCGAGAGAAAAUUGUUGGAUCAUCCAUUACUUGUCACUUUAGCUAAAAACAUAAAGACUUUAUAUAAUGUGAGUGGUGAACUAGUGGCAGGAUUAAAACAUAAUCCUGAUAACAUAGCUGGAGUGUUUUACAAACUUGCACCAUUUUUUAAGUUAUAUUCCAUUUAUGCUUAUGAUUAUACACAAGUACUAAAUUUACUACAGAUAAGUGAAGAGAAUGAUUCUGUCUUCAAAAAAUUUAUUUGUGAUCAAGAAACAAGACCAGAAGUAGGCAGAAAAUUGUCUUCAUUGUUAAUUACACCAGUACAAAGAGUACCGAGGUAUCAGUUACUUGUUAAACAAGUAUUACAACAUACUCCUUACAGACACAGAGAAUAUAGAUAUUUACAGGCAUGUCUGGUUGAAAUUGAAAAAUCUGCGAAACAUAUAAAUACUUUAAUCGCACAAAAUGAAGAAACACAAAAAUUAUUAAAUCUUCAAAAGUGCAUUGUUACUUCCAUUAACCUUGUCAAGCCUGGUAGAAUGUUAAUCAAACAAGGAUCAUUGAUGCGUGUUUCAAGACGAGGCAAUUCAGCUUAUAGGCGAUAUUUUGUUCUUUUAAAUGACACUCUUUUGUAUUGUAAAGGUGAACCAGAGACAUCACUGAACGUAUCUUGCGUUCUACCAUUAAACAAGUGCAGUUUAACUUGCGUUCUGAGCAAAAAAUUGUUUCGUAUAACAUGCUUGCAUGAAACAUUCUUACUGUACUCGGAAAAAGCGGAUAGUGCCGAAUGGAUACAAUCGAUACAAAGUGCUAUUAAAAAAUACACUGAAUGUAGACAAACUUUAAGAAAAGAAAGUAGCUCGAGAAAGCCACUUAGGCACAAAAAUAUUAAUGAAUUUGAUGAGUUUGAGUCAGAUGGUAUAUCAAAAAAAUCUAUUAAAAGAAAAAGAUGUAUAAAAGAUGAACAGAUAUCAUUGGACACCUCCAGCAUAAUAUACUUUAAAAAGGAUAAUGAAAUGGAUGAGGAUAUUCAAAACAGUAAUACUAUUUGUUUAUCUUUUUCUACCAAAAGAUUUAAACAAAAUGAGUAUUCCAAACCUGGGCAUACUUCUCCCCAAGUAAAAAAUACAAAGCUGAAAUUGUGUAAAAAUAAAAAUAAAAAACGACCUAUAUCUACACAUAGAUACUUAAAAAAGUCAAGUCACUGCAAUUAUAAUGAGACUCUUCCAAUGACAACAACGAUAAAUGGACCAAGUUUAUGUUCGAUCAUAUCGAAUGACGAAGAACACACAUCUCCAUUCCAAAUGAUGAGUGAUUUCUUCAAAUUUAUCGGUACAACAAUAAAAGACUUUAUAGCAAUGGAAGGUCCACUAGAAAUAAAGAACCCCAGUGCAGAUGUGGAAGAACCUAUAAAAUCUGAAAUUCUUGUACAAAAUUCUGAUAAUAACGAACGAAACGAUGCAACCUCUCCACCUCCAAAUUGUAGCAUUUGCUUGGGAAAGUUAGUUAAUACAUCUUUUACAGACAGUUGUCUGCAUCAAUUUUGUUUUACUUGCUUACUUCAAUGGUCCAAAAUUAAGACGGAAUGUCCUUUAUGCAAACAAACAUUCAAAUCAAUUAUACACAAUGUAAGAUCAGAAGAAGAUUAUGAUCAAUAUCACGUACCCCGUGAAUUGGCAUCGCAAAUUCCUCAGUCACAAGUAAAUGCUAGUUUGGAUGUUAACUUUGAUGUCGAUUGGGCUGCUGCUCCUCGUCGAUUUGUUUACAGAACAACGAUGACUGGCAAUCGUCGACAUGGAGUGUUAUUGAAUCCAGAACAGGUUACAAGACGUGAACAAUUACCUAGUAUGGCACCUCAAGUGCCUAGAGAAGAACGUAGACGUAGACGUGCUAAUCCUACAGAUUAUCGUCGUACAGUUUAUAGGCAUGGUAUAUGGGCUACUUCAUUACCUGACAUAUUUGGACGUUUCCGCGAAUGUAGUGCUGAUUAUUAUAGAAGACAACCACAAGAAUUAGAUCGUCUUAUACCAUGGUUAAAUAGAGAGUUGCAAGUUUUACUUAAUAAUGAACCGACCCAUGUCGCUUAUGUGUUGAGUGUAAUAAUGGAAACCUUAACUCAACAUGAUAUUAGAAGUCCAGAAUUUCGAAAUAUCGUUCGGCCCUUUUUCGCUAUACAUACAGAUCAUUUUGCACACGAAUUGUUAAAUUUUGCCCAAACCAACUUUGAUUUAGUGGGAUAUGAUCAAUCUGUUACUUAUUUGCCACGUGGUUUAUCGAAUGAGUAUGCAACUCGUAUUGAAUCACCUACAUCCAGUAGCAGUAGCAGUAGCACUACCAGUACCAGUAGCAGUAGCAGUAGCAGUAGUAAUCUUACUUUAGACAACUCUGAUGUACGAAUACUUACUGAAGCAAUCGAUUUGAGAAUAAACGCUGAAAUGCCGAAUACCUUACCACAUCCUAUUAGCAUGCCAGGUCCUAGUGCAGGACAGAUGUUUCGCAGAGUAGAAACAUCUAAUGUUGUACCAGAACUGUUAAUCGUUUCAUCUGAAUCAGAUGGCGAUUGUGAAAUAGUUGGUUAUGUAAAACCACGUCAUGAAAGAACACCAGAAAUUGUAGAGUUACUUUCUUCCGACUCUGAGCAUGUGUGUGUUCCUCAUACAUUGAAUGGAAAUAUGCAAUCGACUACAAGAAGAACACAUUUGGAAAAUAUAUCAUUACCGAGUACGUCUUAUGUUACAAAAGGAUCGUCUGAGUCGUCUGGGUCAAGUACUGAUGUUUUAUCUGACAGUGAUACUAAUUCGAUACAAAGUAGACGAAAUCGUUCGAAGAAAUCAGGGAAAAAAACGCAAAAGUAUAAAAGAUCAGAUGGGACAGGAUGCCGGAAUAAAUCAUCUAAGAAAAAGAAAAUGUCCAAUUUUAGUGAUUCUAGCUCAUCUGAAAACGUAUUAAAGAAAUGUAAUGAAAAACGAUUGAGAAAGCCAAGAUAUAGAGUACAAGCUAAAGGUACAGGACGAAUAAAACUUAUUAAAAGAGAAGAAAGCUAUUCAGAUGAGGAUUCAUCUAGCAGUGACAGUAGUAGUACAGAGACUGAUAACAAAACGAAAAUCAAGAAGUGUUGCAGAGAAUAUAAAUCGAAAAGAGAUUGUUUCUCUUGUGUAAAAAACGAUCAUACAGCGAAAAGUGGAAAAGCAACGAGAAGUAAAGAGAAAACUGUCAAUCUUGAAAAGUUGAAGUCUAAGAAUAAAAAUCUGAAUUGUGACGAAAACAGACAAUCUAGAUCUAGAAGUAAUAGUAUAUCUUCUAGCGCUUCUGAACGAGAUAAAAGAUCAAACCAUAAGCACCGAGAAUGUCGAAAUACGAACGAGUUUGGAAGUCAAGACGAUAGUGCCUCAAUAAAUAAAGAUAUGUCAAGAAGUGAAUAUAAGUCUAAAUCAAAAAGGAAAAUGUGUUAUUCUUCAGAUUCGCAAGAUGAUUGUUUAAGAUCUUGUAGCCAGUGUAGCGAUUAUUCCAAUAAAUCCUAUUCGCAUUGGAAAAAAUCAAAACAUAAAGAAAAAUAUAAAGAUAAACACUAUAGAUCCAGUAGCAGAAUAUUUAAUUUAUCGCAGUCUAACGCAGGCACGAUUUUAACGAUGUCUAUGUCAUCAUCGAAAAAUAACAUGUAUCCGACGAAACAUUCCGAUCGUAACGGUUCCGAUUGUAAAGUAAAACGUAAAUCACACAAAGAGUCUAAGUAUAGAAAAUCCGAAAAUGAAAAAAAAUCAAGACCAAAGAAAAAAAAGCGACGUCUUCAAUCUUCUUCCACUUCGGAAUAA